UGGUGCGUGCGCCGGACGCAGAAGAAAACCACCAUGUCUUCUUGCCGAGUGGGGCUCCGUUUGGCUGCCUGUUUAUUAAACAUUUCAGAAGCCAGAAAAAAGUACAUUGUUGAGAACAUAGCGAAAGCUGCUCUUCUUGAAAGAAAUGGACAGAGACAUCCUGAAGUAUCAGUGCUCAAUAUAUUUUCUGAUCCGGAGUAUAAUAGAUCAGUUAUUACAAUAGCAGCUUCUAUUGAGGAGAUAGGCAAUUCUGUUCUGGCUGCCUGCUUGGAAGCCUUCCAGUCUAUCGAUAUGGAGGUUCAGGAGGGGAUCCAUCCUUGCCUGGGAGCAGUGGACCUGAUUCCCAUUUACCCUCUCUCUGGUGUCGGAGUGGAAGAGUGUGGUGCUGUGGCCAGAAGCCUCGCUGAGAAUCUGGUCCUGAGUAUUCCUGGCUGCAGUGUGUUUCUCUUUGGUGAGGCUGACCUGCCCGAGAAGCGCCCCCUUGUCCAGAGAAGGAAGCAGCUGGGCUGGUUCACAAGGAGGGAUUUCAGCGCUCUGAAACCUGACCUGGGAGCUGCACCUGCCAGAAGAUGUGGUUUGACAGGCAUCGGCGCUAGCCCGUACGUGAUGAACUGCAAUGUUACCAUAGAUUCUCAAGACUUGGCUCUGGGAAAAGAAAUUGCUAGUGCCAUUCGGGGCUCAAACAUGAAUGGACUGAAGGGCGUCCAAACGAUGGCUUUUCCUCAUGAAGGGAAAAUUGAGAUAGCUUGCAACGUAGAGAGCUUUGAAGAUCAAGAAGUUACAGAAACCUCCGAGGGCUCUCAAUACAUGGCUUACAAUGUCCUUGGGGACCAUUUUUAUUAUGUAUCUCCUCAUUACAUAGAAGCUCAAGUUAAAAAAUUGGCAAGUGAUCGAGGAAUCGGUACGAUAGGAAGAGCAUUAAUUGGAUUUACACCCCAAGAGUGCAAGAGCUGUGCUGAGUAUGCAAUCAAAGAAAGCAUUGGGGAGUUCUGGAAGAUACGUGGAGGUGUUUUCAUGUGAUCCAAUCUGAGGUUUCAUUGAAAUUGUAAGAAAAAAAUAUCAGCCAUUGCAAACUUUUCUUAUUGGCCUGUGAAGACAAGGAGAAGAUCCAAGAGCUUGGUUCCAGGUGUGAAUUGGAAGACUAGAAGCAUUCUCUGUCCAACGACAGCAACAGGUGUUUAUAGGUUGUAAUUGCUUUAUGAUAUUUCUAGUCAUCAUUGAAACUUUGUGAAAUCUUCCUCUGUAUCAAGUUCAUGCACUUGGCUGUACUAGAAGCCCCCCUGAAUGAGCUGGACAAAAUGGCCAUCGUUACUGAAUCAUCUUUGAUUAUUGUGAACUCAACUAAAAACAGACUUCGUUUGUUUGGUGUUCCUCAGCUCUUUAUUCCAGAGUCCUGUAUCCAAUUCUCAUUUUUUGAGUCAUCAUUUUUUUUAAUGUGUACUUUUAAAAAUCAAGUACUACGUAACUAAAAAAUGGGGAGAAUUAUAAACUAAAAUUAUCAAAUAAAAGACUAAUCAUAUUCUUUUA